GGGCCCGGGCGGGAAGGCGGGGGCUGCUCCGGCAUGGCGGAGGUGGUGGAGUUCCGGGUGCCCGCGGGGAGCGCGCAGACGCUGCUGGUCUGGGGGCUGGAGCCGGAGCCAGGCCUGGAGCAUUCCCUGUUUUCAGCAUUUUCCAAAUUUGGGCUGCUCUACUCUGUGCAAGCACACAGAAAUGCUGCUGUGGCAGGGCCUGGGUAUUACGCCAUCAUCAAGUUUUAUUCAGCUGGAGAUGCCAGCAGAGCCCAGCGCACAUGCAAUGGGCAAAGGCUGUUUCAGAAAUCUCCCUUGAAGGUUUGUGUUUGCACCAAGCAGAAAGGGUUUCAGAAACAAGUCCUUGCUCUCAACAGCAGCAAGUGCCAGGAGCUGGCCAACCACUACCUUGGCUUUAACGGCUGGUCCAGUCGCAUCAUCACACUGCAGAAUGUAUCUGGCUUUGAUGGUGAGAAUGAGGAACUGGGAAAGACAUUACAGAAGCGAUCUGUGAAAUACCUGUGUGCUGUAGAGGUGACGCUGCCCAACCAUGGGGUACGCACCAGGGGAGUUGCCCUUGGUGAAGCAGAUGUAGAAAAUGGUGAAGAUCCUCUUGAGUUUGUCACAGCCACAAGAAGAGUUCAGAAACUUGCAGUCGGGAAAGCUUUGUCUAGUGCCUUUCAGAAGAUACUCCUCGUAGUCUUGGAGAAUGGGAAAGUGGUCGUGGAGUACAAUUCCUCCCAAGAGGAGCCCACAGACUUCCUAACAGAAGAGGAACUGAAGGGGCUUAUUCAGAGAGCUGACCUAACAUGUAAUGACCAUAAGAGAAGUGAGCAGCAAAGUCAAACAGAAAGCCUGCUGCUUCUCAAACCUCUCUUCCCUGAAGAGUCAUCCCUCACCUCCCCUGCCAUCUCACUUCCCUUGUGAUGGUGUGUGGGAGGUUAUUCAGUGCUCUCUCUCUGCAAGGCACCUUCCAGCCUGAUAGGAAGAGGAACAGACAGGAAUUCGGAAGGGCUUGCUUGGGAGGAGAGCUGCUGGGUGUCCUUCUGGUUCAUUGCCUUGUGAUGUCAGUCAGUCUUUCCAAAACGGAAAUGUUCCUGAGUUGGUAAAUUCCAGGGAGGCCGUCCCUUGUAUGUGGUAAAAAUAUAUUGUUUCCAGGUGCAGAGGGAUAAAGCUAAAAUAUGCUGUGGAGAAAGAAAUUUACUCUUGAUUUCUCUUCCCAGGUCAAUGAAUUGUCCUUGGAACAGUUUGACCUCAAAGAAGAAGAAGUUUUGUCUGAUCUCAGUUUUGAUGAUGAGCUCCCUAGCUGGGAGAUGCCAUCUCAUUAGUGCAGCUCUGUCUUCACAUAGUUUCCAAAAAUUCUGCAGUGUUUGAUUAGGAAGGAAGGUCUAACGCUGUGAAGUGACAUGUGCAUCAUAGCCAAUAUUUUCUGUUUCUCCAAAUAUGUAACAGCAAAAGACAUGGGCAAUAAACCUAGUGUUACUAAAAUUAAGCCCAAAAAUAUAUGCUGUUUUUGGAGAGGAAGUAUUUUCCUGUCAACUUAUUCAGGUCAGCUAUAUAUGGAAGCCAGCUUAGCUACAUGAUUAUUAUUUAGACAGCAUAACAGAUGUGCAUAGCACUUAUAGAAAAAGAAAAGGAAUGAGCCCUCCCUGCAAGAGUCUACAGUUCAGGUUUGCUCUGAUCUGCAGGAGAAAACUGGAGACAGCAGAAGGAGAUGUAUUACCAGCAGGAGUAGCUGUGGUACUUACACAUGUCUGCACAGGCACAGAAAAAAGUAUUUCUCUGAGUGACAUUUCUUUUAAAGAAAUAAGCCUAAGUCUUCUAAUAAUGUGUUGAGACAUAUGAACCACAUGUGUUGAGCCCCAACUGUAAGUAGUUGGGACAUUAUCACUAUGUAAAGCAAAGAUUCUUUCUAAUUUUGAACAAGUUUUUCAUUAAAUUAAGUAAAAUUUUGUAACCCAGUGUGAUGAAUGAACCUCAGAGGCAGCACAAGCAAUGGGAAGGGGCAUCAAGCUCCCCAAAUCAUGAGGGUGGUAGGGAGGUGGGGAAUGCUUAUUUGAUAACAAACCCCUGCUCAGAUUUUUUGACCUCUCUUUGGGAAGAAAGGUGAUUGAAAACUGGGAGAGCUCAGGGAAGAGCCACAGGAAUGGUUUGAGAUCCCUCUUGAAACGAGAGGAGUGUGGCCUGUUUAA